CCACUAUAAAGCUUACCCACCACCUCCCCUUCCCCCCCUCUCUCUGCCCCAUCGAGGGAGUCAGAAUUAGCUGAGAAGACGAUGGCGCCGGUGAGCUUGCCUCCUGGUUUCCGGUUUCAUCCCACCGACGAAGAGCUCAUCGUUUACUACCUAAAAAGGAAGAUUAAUGGACGCAUGAUUGAGCUGGAGAUCAUUCCUGAGGUCGAUCUCUACAAAUGCGAGCCAUGGGAUUUACCAGAGAAAUCCUUUCUGCCAAGCAAGGAUCUGGAGUGGUACUUCUUCAGCCCGCGGGAUCGCAAGUACCCCAAUGGAUCGAGGACCAACCGAGCAACUCAGGCCGGGUAUUGGAAAGCCACGGGGAAGGAUCGUAAGGUGAACUCGCAGAGGCGCGCGGUGGGGAUGAAGAAGACCCUCGUCUUCUACGGCGGACGAGCGCCGCAUGGCUCUCGUACCGAUUGGGUCAUGCAUGAGUACCGCCUCGACGAGAAGGAAUGCGAGAACGCCGCUUCAGGCUUACAGGACGCAUACGCUCUGUGCCGAGUGUUCAAGAAGACUGCGCCAGGCCCCAAGAUCAUCGAGCAAUACGGUGCUCCUUACCAAGCUCAUUCACAGUGGAUCGAUGGAGCGUUUCCGAACGAUGCAUGCUCAUCGGUGAUGAUGCAGGGAGCUUCUCUUGAUGCAACUACUCCAGUAGUUGGCAAUCGGAUGCCGCAUGCAAGCGAACAAACUUUGGGUGGUGGAAGCUUCUCCUACACACCAACGAAGGUAGAUAUGGUGGUGCAGUGUGCGAGGGUGCAACACAGGCUCUCCUUGCCUCCAUCGGAGGUGGAGGAGUUCCCUCAUUUCAUGCACCCUGGUAACUUUCUGGAAACCAGUAAUCAAGUAGAUACAUUCCCACUGGUUAAUAGCACUGACAUGUGGGUUGGAACUAAUCCCCAUUUCGAUGAGUUAUCAUCUCUCUUGGAGCUCGAUAGAGGAGAUGAUGAACGCGGUACUCGGUUCUUUCAGCGAACUGACUGUGUAAGUUCAGGCAACUUUGGGGAGCCUACGAAGCUUAUCGAGAUAAGUGAUCUGGAAGAGGAGUUCAAGGAAGAGACGAAUGAAGUGGAGAACCUACGAGCUUUCGCAACCUUGCACCGUUGUGGAUCGACAGAGAUGGAUGAGAGUCGUGCACUUCUUGAUGGCAUCGACGCCAAGCCCAUCUUCUCGCAGUCCCAACCAGAUGAGUUCGCUGUUGGUUUCGUGGACAUCGAUCAUGAGACAGACAUGUUUGCUGCAACUACUCCUGAGUUUGAUGCCUGCAACAAGGUGGAAUUCAACCAUGGCCUGUUCGUGUCGCAUGCAGGGAAGACCAAGACGUUCUUCCACCAUGUGGAGCCCUCCAAAAAGGUCAGCUUCCAUUUGAAUCCAACAGGAAGACAAGACGCUGUCGCUGAGACAUCUGAGCUCGCCACCAAAGCAGGAGGUCGAUUCUCGUUCUUCAGCAGGUUCAAGGCGUUCGUAAGAGACAAGCUCAUGGGGAAAAGCUCCCUCUUACGCAAUGGAAGAAGAGUGAAUGAAAUGCUAGAGAUUGUUGCAGUCCUGCGCACGUCCUGCGCUUAUCUGGGAGACGCAUCAGAGCAAACCAUUUCAAGGAGACAAGCCAUGAAAGAGGAAAGAGAGACUGCCUACUCCAUCAUGAACAUGAAGAAGAAGAAGAAGAAGAAGGCAAAGGAGACAUGGAAAUGUAGGGGGAGUGUGCAAGAGAGCAACAUAUGGUUUCCAGAUGUCAGCAUGCGAGGCAUUUCCAGAAUGUUUUUGCGUGGAAAACUGCCCUUUCUAGCAUUUGCUUCGGGAGUCAACCACUGACUCUUGUCAGAUCAUAACCUUAGAACUUGGAUAUAUUCAUCGGUUACUUGUAACAUGUAGAAAGAUACUGAUUCAUGUUGCUUUGAAUGCUAAUGUAUCUUAGUGAAAUUGAAACUGUAACAUGAAUACUAUGUUGAUAUUAAGAGUUCAGAGAUUCUUGGUCGUC